AUGAGUGUAGCUGAGACUUACAGCCUUGAGAGAAUGCAGUUGAUGUUCAAUGAAAUCCAGUUGUGCGAUACUAAGAAGUAUUCUGAGUCUCUAAAAGAGGUUAUUGAGAUGCUGAUUGGACAGGACCUCUUCGAGGAGUUUUGUAGGAUCUUAAAUGUUGUACUUACAUGCAGGAAGCCGAAUAUACCAUCAAGGAUAUCCAAUUUCCUCAGAAGGAUAUUUGAGGAUCUGGUCGAUAUGCCAAAGGGGGCAGAGUUUGUUUUUAAAGUGCUUUUUUACCUCGUCAAGCUUACUGAAUCAAAGGUCGUGAAGAUAAGAAAAAACUCGCUUUGCAUCUUAAAGCUGGCCAUGGAUGUGGUACAGCCGGAAUCUAUUGACGAAGGAGUCCUAGGAAAGAUCUCGGAAAGACUGUUUGACAAGGAGAAAUCAGUAAGAAAAGAGGCACUCAGACUUCUCUCUGGCUAUCAAGAAAUGGGACUGAAUCGAAAUGUGAAAGUUGUGAAUCUAUUCAAGGAUAUAGUCAGAUAUGAUCCAAAUGACGAGGUAAGGACCCUUGCAUUGAGCUUGAUUUCAGUGAAUCAAUCAACCUACGGAUGCAUAGUUGAAAGAUGCAUGGACAUAAAUGGAGCAAUAAGAAAGAUGUUCUAUGAGCACUGUCUUCCCGGAAUUGAUUUAAAGAAUCUUUCACAAGACAAAAGAAUCCUUUUAAUGGAGAAAGCUGUACUAGAAAGGGAGUUUGAUGCAAAGGGAUUGCUAGUAGAUUCCAUAGUUUCUGCAUAUAGGUUACCUUCGGAGUUAAGACCCAUGUGUGCGUCAUUUUACAGUAGAUCAAGCCAAAAAUAUCUGGAGACCUUGCUUAAGGGGAUCUUCGAGAGGGUGGGAUAUGAAAAGGAGUUUGAGUAUCUUCUUUCGAACCCUUCGGAAGAAAACACGUUUUUGUCAAGGAUUGAGCUAUCGUACAUAGAGGAGCUUUUCGGAAGGGAUGACUUAGGUCUACCAAGUCUUGAAAGUUUUGUUUCUGUGAUGUACCAGUCGUGUCUUUCUGUUGUUGAGUCUUUAGAUGCACCAGAAAGAGGUGCGCAGGUUGAAAUAAUGAAGAACCUGUUUAGGAUUGCAAGGUUUUAUGACUUCUUUAACGAAACAUCUCGAAAGUAUAUUCUUAGUACGGUUUACAAGCUCCUUGCAAAGAACUCUGUGGAAGAGGUUGUGGAAGAGGCCAUGCAGAUGGCAAGUCUUGUUUGUGACGAUGACCUGAAUAAUUUCAUAGGGAGCAUCAUAAAGAAAAAUGCAAAGGCAUCCCCGAGAGUAUGCUUGAUGGUAUGCAAGCAGGUUAUGAAGCACAUUCGCCCUCUCGGCAGACUCCAUGAAGCAAUAGUAGAGGAAAUUGUCCUCCCUAACUUGGGACUACAAGAAACAGCUGCAGAGAUACUUGAAGUUGGGUUUCAUUAUAUCCUUACCAAGCCUCAUCAUGCCAUUACUCAAAGCCUUAUACAAAACAUAGAAAUAGACAGUAAGGUGUUUGAGAUGUGUGUAGACCUUGCCCUCUGUUCUGAUGACCCGGAGUUAUUAAGCCAUGUUUUGAGGUACUUGGAGAAAGAACUUGAAUGUAGGGAAAGUGAAGGCAUCAUAAUUCCCGGUUCUAAGAUAGUGCUAUCACAACUUGAAAUUCCAAAAAGCCUUAGAGACAGAUUGAUUGGAUUUGCACUCGAGAGAUACUAUUAUACCCAGGACGACCAUCUCAAGCAGUAUUGCAGCAUAUUAUUCUUUGAGUUGUUUUCGGAAGACAGCACACCUCUCAUUUCUGUAUUCUGCGAAGUUCUGGAGACAUUGGUAUGCUCACAAAAGAUAUUUAUCGAUCAAUCUCUCUAUUGGAUAGGAAACAGCAAGUACCCCAACGGAUCCCAGCUACUCUUCUACAAAAUUUGUGUUUACCUUGCCGGGGGGUACGGAACGGAUCAAACCAAGAAGGCCUUACUCAAGGUUCUUGAAAGAAUCGAAGUCCUAAGGUGCUGGGAUCCAGAUAUAACCAAAAAGAUUCUGUUCUGCUGCACCUUGAUGGCAAAAAAACUUGGGGGUAAAUUCAACACAAGCGAAGUAAUGGGAAGAAUCAUGGAGAUAGACGAUGGGGUGCCUAUCUCUAAGAAAGAUCUAUGUGAUGUAAAGAAAGAUUUGGAGAGCUAA